AUGGCCGACAAAUUCGAUUCCAAACCAACCCCCGGCGGCGACGACGCCGUAUUUCAGCCCAAAGACGCUCUAGGGGCGUCAUUGCGGGCAGGUACACUGUCAGGCGCGGCCGGUCUUUUCCUGGCUUCGGUACAAAACACAGUCACGAAGGAGAAUGUCGGAUUUUUCGGUGUCUUCUCGAGGUUUGGGAGCACUGUAGGCUUAUUCGCGGCUGUGGGUGGGACGUUUGCUUUCACAAGCGCGGCAUCAGCCAAUCUACGGGAAAGGAACGACUUUUGGAACCAUGGAAUUGGAGGUGCUCUUGCUGGAUCUCUCCCUGGUCUCGCGAAAAGAUCAAUGCCGGCGACUCUCGGCGGCAGUCUCGCAUUGGGUGUGUCCAUGGCAGUGGCUAGCUACACAGGGCGAUCUGUGUUCGAGUCGGGUGAGGACGAAUUCCAACAUGACCGGAUUGGGUACAAGGAGGAGGCCAAGGCUAGGUAUCGAAGACCGAUCAACGAGACCAUCAACGAACUUGGAGAAGGAAGAGGUAUUUACGGUCCCGGCUAUGGCGAGAGACGGAAACAGAGAAUCAAGGAAAGAUAUGGGAUCGAUAUACAAGAGCCAUAUUAUGCGGGCACUUCAGCACCAGGAGUGGAUUGA